AUGCAGGCGAGAGAGGCGAGUCGAACCUGGAAGAGCCGCGGACUAAGAGCUUCCGCUCUCGGAAUCCGAAGCCUGGAUUCCAACGGCUUGGCCAAGAUCCCUGGGAUCGGACGGCUGGAAGCAGCUGGGCUGUUUCAGAUGCAAAAGAUCAAACGGCUGGUAUGCGUUCAUCGGGGGAUCGGACGGCGGAGGGGGAUCGCAGACGGAGCGACGGGGGAGGGAGGGGUAGAAUGGGAGGUGGGAGAGGGUGGGACAGGCGGAAUGAGGGAGGCAGGGAGUGGGAGGGCAGGAAGGAAGGAGAUAGGGAGGGUGUGGGAAGGAGGAGGGAGUGGGAGAGUAGAGCUGGGGGUGACAGCGAGGUACAGAGGGGGAGGGGAGAGGGGAGGGGAUGGGAGAGUAGGAGCGGCGGUGGGAGGGAGUGGGAAAAGAGGGGAAUGGCGAGGGAGUGGGGGAACGGGAGAGAGGAGAACAGAAGCGGGGGGGGCGGAGAGUGGGGGAACAGAAGCGGGGGUGGCGGAGAGUGGGGGAACAGAAGCGGGGGUGGCGGAGGGCGGGGGGAGAGGGGCGGCGUUAGAUCAUGGGAGCAGCGCGGGUCGAGGAGCAGCCGAGAGCAUGAGAUGGAGAAGCGGGAGCGGAUGGGGCAGGGGGGGCGAGGAGUGGGGGAUGGCGCAAGUAGCGGGAGCGGUGGCAGGGGGAGCUGGGGGGACAGGGGGAGCAGGGAGGACAGGGGGAGCAGGGAGGACAGGGGUGAACGGGGGGGAAGAGGGGGAAGGGGAGGAAGGGGGAGCAGGGAGGGGAGGAGCAGCUGGGAGGGCAGGGGGAGCAGUGGGGGGAGGAGCAGCUGGGGGGAACGGGGGAGCAGGGGGGGAAGGGGGGCCAGAGGGAGCGGUGGGGGGAGGGGGCGCGGAGGGGGCAUGGGGGGCAGAGGGGACAUGGAGAACGGGGAGAGUAUGGGGGAGAUUGGCAGGGGGAGUGGCAGCAUGGCAGGCGCGCGGAGGAAUAGCUGGGAUAAGGGGAGCGGCGGAAGGAGGGCGGAAGGUGGGGGGGGUAGGGGUGAAAGGGGCGGAAAAGGGAGAAGGGGGAGAAGGGGCGGAGGCGGCGGAGGGGAAGGAGGGGUACAAGGGGGUAUUCUGGGUGAGUGGAAGUGGGUAUAAGGGCACGGGGAGGGAUCGACGGCGCGAUGUGAGUGGCGCUCUUGGCACCACUGGGGAUGGGGAGAGGUGGAUGGAGGGCGGGGAUGAGGGGGAGGAGGAAGAAGAAGAAGAAGAUGAGGAUGAGGAAGAGGAUGAGGAGGAGGAGGAGGAGGAGGAGGAGGAGGAAGAGGAGGAAGAGGAGGAAGAAGGAGAAUAUGAGGAGGAUGAAGAGGAAGAGGGGGAGGAGGAGGGAGAGGAGAGAGGAUGGAAAAGGAAAGAGACUGGGAUGAAGGUGGCGUGGCUGAUUGAUGAGCUGGCGGUGCUGCGGCCGGCAGCGAUCGUGAAGCUGCUGAACGCGCAGCGGGCGUGGAUAGGGAUGGAGCAUGUGGAGGGGGUGGUCAGAGGGCUGCUGGAGAGAAAGGAGACUCUGCGUGCAAUUCGGGCGCUCAAGUGGGCGCGCCAAACCGCCUUCUACGCACCCAUCCCCGCCCUCUACGCCGACCUGCUGGACGCAGCAACGGCCAAUCAGCACGUGCCACGCGCGCAGGAGCUUUUCGACAUGAUGCUGGCCCACGGGCUGGUGCCCCCUAGAAGAAACUACGAGGGGCUAAUCAGAAUGUUCCUACGAGAAAGCCGGCGGUUGCAGGAGGGGAAGGGUCCGAGUUGGGAAGGGGAGGAGGAAGACGGAACCGGAGGGGUACUUGACAGUCAAGAUAGGAGCAGAGCGGUGGAGAGUGGUGGAGAGGCUGGGAGAGGGCCCGGGGGAUUCAAGGGGUUUAAGGAGAUGAAACAGGCUGAGAAGGAGGCGGCAGAGGUGGAGAGGGGUUGGGAGGUUUACCGGCAGAUGAAGCAGUUUGCAGAGCUCACUCCCAGCAGGGCCAUACAGGAGGAGCUGUGGGCUGUUCUCACUCUCAGGGGUGGCUCUGGGCGGCACUUGGUUAAGGCUGAAGAGCUGUUGAGAGAUAUGGAGGCUGGGGAGGGGAUGGAGGACGGGGAAGGGGAAGGGGAGGGGGAGGGGGAUGGGGAGGAGAGUGAAGUGGGGGAUAAGGAAAUGGAAAGGGUGCGAUCCCCCGCCGAUUCUCGUGUGCGUGCCGCCCGGUAUGCACUACUGUUGCGCCAUGCUGGCCUUGCAGGUGAGAUGGGGAGGGCGGAGGAGGUGGUGGGGGAGAUGGCAGCUGAGGGGAUCCCUGGGUUGCACCUGAGGGAGGCUUAUCUGUCCCUGCUGAGAGGGUAUGUGCGGAUGGGUGGGGGAGGGGGAGGGGGGGUAGUGGACGGGAUAGAGCAGGGAGAGGGGAUGGGAGAAGGUGGGGAAGGGGAAUGGAUGGGAGGGGAGGGUAGGGACGAGGCACGGAAGGCUUUGGAUGCGGUUGGUGGGUGUUUCCGAACCAUGGUUCAGGCUCGGUGCGAGCCGAACCAGGAGGCUUGGAACCUGUACAUCCGUGCGUUGAUCCAGGCUGGGGAGAUCAGAGAAGCUAUGAAGGUGUACAGAGCGAUGCAGAGCAGUGAUGAGGCAACCAAGAAGAGAAAGGAGAAGAGCAAGGGUGGGGGGAGGAAGAAGGGGAAGGGGGUAGGGGCGGGUGCAGGGACGAGCACAGAGGGGGGUGAGGGGAUGGGUGAAUCAGGGAGGGUUACGGUGAUUGGGUCGGGUUUGGAAGGAGGUUUGGCAGUCAGGUUCGGGCCGAACCAGGAGACGUACAACAUGGUGAUAGCUGCUGCUGGUGCAGCUGGUGAUGUUGACACGGUGCGAUCCAUCUAUACUGAUCUUAGGGGCGGUGUUCCUCUUGCUGCCCGUGCUCCUACUGCUGGUGCUUCUGCUGCUGCUUUCGAGGUAGGGGACACAGAGGAAGAGGGGGAAGAAGAGGGAGAAGAGGAUGAAGCAGGGGGGGCACUGGUGCGAAGCGCGCCCGCAAAGCUUAAAGCUAGACUACUCGGUUUGGCGAGGGAAGCCGCCCUGCGAGCGGUCGGCAGACGUCGUCUGCUAGCAGACGAGUCAGCAGGGCUGAAGCUCUCGCAGGAGCAGCGGCAGAUCUUAUCUGGGCUGAUCCUCGCUGGCGCUGACGUGGCGAGCGAUGACGGGGCCGCGACGGCGGCGGUGCGGUUUGCAGUGGCGGCGGGGGAGGAGAGGAGGGAGCGGGUGAUAGAGCACCUGUAUGAGUUGUUUGGGGAGUGGGCUGCUGGACCCAUCGUGGAGGAGGAAGUGAGUGUGGAUGGGGGUGGGGAGGAGGGCGGGGAGGUGAGUGGGGAGGCGGUUGGAAGGAUGAUGGGGAGGGAGGAAGGGGAGGAAGGGGGUGAGAGGGAGGAGGGGGGGAACGGGGAGAGAGAGAGCGAGGAGGGUGACUGGAAGGAGCAGGCAGUGGAUAAUUUCAGGGAGACGGGCAGCAUGGGCAGCUCGGGCAGCACAGUGGGCAGGACGCAGCGGGUGCUGACGUUCAGCACGGUGCCGCACCCCUCGCUGGUGUUCUACCUGCACCAGUACCGCCCUGAGAAGCAGGAUGGGCGGGCCGUUGUGCCCCGCCUCGUGCACAAGUGGCUCACCCCGCGCGCCCUCGCCUACUGGUACAUGUACGCUGGUCAACGCGGUCAACCCGGUCAACGGGGAAAGCAAGGUCAGCCUGGAGGGUCGAUUAUUCUGGAUGCGGGGAUGUACCAGGCGAAGGAGGUGGCGCUUAUAGUGAAGGCGCUUAAAGCGAGGACGAUUGACUGUGCACAGAGCAAGAGGGGGAAGGGGAGCAAAGGGCAGCGUGCUGUGAGAUUCUCGGGGGCCUCGGCUCAAUUUCUAUGGAAAUUCAUGGAGCCUUUUGUUUUGGAAGAAGUUAAGGAAGAGUUGAACCCUGUUGGAGGGGGUGGGAGUGGAGGAGGGAGGAGGGGAGGAGGGAGAGUGGGGUUGGGGAAGUUUACUGUGGGGGAGGGAGGGGUGGUGGUGGGUGAGGAGAAGUUUGUGGGCGGUGCAAAGGGUGUGGCGAAUGAGGGGGCUCGGGAGAGCGAAGAGGACCGGCGGGAAGGCUGGGUGAGCCUGACUCGGGCAGUGAAGGAGGCAAAGCAUGGAGGUUACGAUGAUAGUUGA